CUUUUUUUAAUUAUCUGUUUACGGUUUUGUCAGUGGUAGCCGCUAUCACCCCAGAUUAGACUUUUUCAUAUCGGUUCAUACAACUAUCGACGUUGCUGAUGUCUUGUAUGCAUUGGCUACACGAUUAUGUGGAAACGCUACUUUCGCUCUGGGCAACGUCAUUAUAACAGAUUGACAUCGGUUGUAGUUACACAAACUAGCUGCCAUUAGCCGUGGCCUAGCCAUGCGACAUGACAAACUUUACUGACCUCCUGCUGAGGGUCGGUGGGUUUUCUUAGUAAUCCUGUGAUAUUCCUUCGAGGUGGACCACAUUGAGUACACAUGAUGGAUGAGGUGAGAGGCAACGGUCAGCGAGAAGGACCGCUUCAAAUUCCCUGGUUGCUCCGGACGUCCUGCCCGGACAAGAGGCUGUCUCUGUGCCCCCAGGUGCUGCUGUGUGGGGUGAGUUCUAACAGUCACCUCGCUGAGACUACAUCAGUGAAGCAGCAACAAGAUCAACAAAAACCUCAACAACAUAACCGCGGCCAAAGAAGAGACCACCCCUGCUCUGUGUGUGGAAAGGAGUUCUCCACCGCAUACAAUCUACUGGUUCAUAUGAGAAUCCACACUGGAGAGAAGCCUUACUCCUGCCCUGUGUGUGGGAAAUGCUUUGCCCAGAAAGGGAGCCUAGUGCAGCACCACAUCGUCCACACUGGAGAGAAACCCUACUCCUGCCCUGAAUGUGGGAACACUUUCUCCCAGUUGAUCAGCUUGAAGAGACACGAGUUGCUGCACACAGGAGAAAGACCAUACUGCUGCUCCGAAUGUGGAAAAAGCUACACACAGCAGAGGCACCUGAGGGCCCACCAGCUGGAGCACACCACAGAGAGACUUCACUGCUCCGUCUGUGGGAAGAGUUUCUUCACAGCCUCAGGCCUCAUGAAUCAUCAGAGGUGUCACACAGGAGAGAAACCUUUCUCCUGCGCCCUGUGCGGAAAGAGUUUCUCACGACCUGGACUCCUGAGAGAACACAAGCAAACUCACCUUGGCGAUUGGAGCCCAAUGGUAGUUGAUGGGAAAAGCAGCAAGUACCUGGGUGACCGAUCAAGCCCCAAACCCUCAGAAUCCAUUGUCCAAAGUCCUGUGGAAACUCUGGGCCUAAAAAUUAUAGUUAAAGAACUAGAGGAAGGGGAGGAAGAAGAAGAGACGGGAGAAGAGGAGGAGGAAAAAAAACAGAAAGAAGCAGAAGAAGUUGGUGGUUUGAUCAAUUCCGACGGAGAGGAAGUUGAGCAUGACUCUCUUUCUAGAAGGAGCCUUGUUUCCGUUAGCGGUCCCUCUGCAUUAGCAAAACCUGAACUACAAACAGAACAACCACACAGAACCAAGAAGCCUCACCUCUGUUCUGUGUGUGGGAAGGAGUUCCCUAAACCAUCAAAGCUAGUAGCACACCUUCGCACACACAGUGGAGAGAAAGCAUUUCACUGCUCAGUAUGUGGCAGAGGCUUUUCGACAGGAGGAAUAACUCAGCAUAGGCAUCUUCUUAUGCACGCAGGGGAGAAACCCUACAAUUGUUCUGUCUGUGGGAAGAGGUUCAUACAGCGGGAGAAUCUGCUGAAACACCAAAAGGUGCACACUGGAGAGAAACCAUACUCCUGCUCAGUGCGUGGGCUGAGUUUUCCUCGGUUCGAGCGUUUGAAGGACCAUCAGCGGACCCACACAGGAGAGAAGUCUCACUCAUGUGAUGUCUGUGGGAUGAGGUUCUCCUACACAUCGUCCCUCAAGGUCCACCACAGGAUGCACACUGGGGAGAAACCAUACCAGUGCUCUGUCUGUCGGGAGAGUUUUAGCUCUGCAACUAACCUGAGGAAACACAGAGAGUCUCACACUGGGGACAGGUCUUCUUCUGCAGUAGGAGGCCAGUUGGGUGUUGGAGGACUUCAGGGUGCUGUGGUAAAAACAGAACCCCAGACCUUACCUGUUGGACAAAUGGAUAUCCCUCUGGGGGCUGGCCAAGGCCAUGGUGAAACAUCUGUCAUGUGCAUUGUUGGUGAAGCAGAGGAGGGGGAGGAUGAGGAAGAAAACCUUGAGGAAGAAGUUGGGGGUCUGAUUAAUUCAGAUGGAGAAGAAGUUAAUUGGGAUUAUUUUCUAAAAGAGAGACCGGUCCACCGCUCCGACUUCAGAGCCAAGAAGUCCCACUGCUGUCCAGAGUGUGGAAGAGACUGUAAGAAGCAAUCAGCCCUACUAAAACACCUGAAGAUCCACACUGGAGAGAAGCCAUACCCAUGCUCUCUGUGUGGGAAACAGUUCCGGGAAAGGACAGCCCUCCGCGACCACCAGAAAGUACACACUGGAGAAAAACCUUACCCCUGCCCUGACUGUGGAAAGAGGUUCGCUCAUUCAGGAGCAAUGAAAAGACACCUUCUAGCACACACUGGAGAGAAACCGUACUCUUGCUCUGUAUGUGGAAGGCGCUACACACAAAUAGGACGCCUGAGGGAACAUGAGCGAACACACAGCGAGGAGCAGCAUAAAUGUUCCGUCUGCCUGAGACGUUUCUCCAAAGCCACGGCCCUUGUCGCUCACUUCAGGAUCCACACAGGUGAGAGGCCUUACAGCUGUGCGGAGUGCGGGAAGAGUUAUGUCAGAACGCAAAAUCUCCGGGCCCACCAGAGGAAAUGUCACAGCAGCGACUCACUACCUGGGACUGACCCUGGGGCUGGGACAGGGGAAGACAGGGAUCUUAUUACACUGGUGAAGAGUGAAGAGGAAGCCAUUAGUAUCAGUGAUGAAGGGGACCGGGGCUGAUAGUGAAGAGGCUUCCAUAAGUGAUGAAGAAUAACAGGUAUAGAUGAUGGUCACAUCACUAUGUUGAACCAAUAUCUGCACUCUGAAGCACACUUUCAAACUCGGCAGACCCACACAGAUGUACAGCACUUCCCACUGAAUGGUGGAGCGGUGAACCGUUUGCUGCCUCAGCACUCAAUGCUAGUUGAUUGGACAAUGACGAUGACUAGCCUUUCCCAUCUGGAUAGGAUCCAUGUUAUGAUGAUCGGUCUACACAGAAUGUGUUCCUAACAGCACAGUAAUUCCAGUGCUCUUGAGAGGGAAUGGGAUUUCUGGAAUGGAUUUGCUGUAGUUCUACAUUCCAGCUGAUAGGACAGCAAAGUCUCAGAUAAAUGUGGGAGGGUUUAGUCCUAGUUCUGGACUAAAGAACAAGCCCAGUGAAGAAUCCCCAUUGAGAGUUUAUACUUUUAUAAUAAUCUGUCUUGAAACCCUUCCUGAAAUGAUUUGUGCUAGGUUAUUGAGUUAAAAUGUAUAUUCCCUGUUAUGGUUGCAGUUUAAAAUGUACCUUUUCAAAUAAAUGGACUGUUCUUGA